UAACUUCUUCUUCAGCAGCAGCAGCAGCUAUGGAGAACAACCCAACAGAAAAAGCAUCAAAACACAAGAAUAGAUUUUGUGCAUUCUUCAAAAAGACAUGGCGUGCUGUGAAAAGCGGAGACAAGUGUCGACGUGGAGGCAACAGUGUGGUCCCUCAUCAGUCUGUGUCCGACACAGAUUCAGCUGAUCCUCAGUGUGGUCUGUCCGGCCUCAAACCAGCGGCACAUUGGCAUCUAGCUGAUCCACAGCCAGGUCCCUCCGGCCUUGAGCCAACAGCCCUACAGGAGCAAACUGAUCCUCCACCGCGUCCAUCCAGCGUCACACCGGUGAACUGUGAUGAAGAACCAGCUGAUCCUGAGCCAGCUGAAGAAAAUCAAGCAAACAAGAAGAAGAAGAAACACAUCUGUGCAUUCUUCAAAAGAGCGUGGCGGGCUGUAAAACGUGCAGCAACACAACAGAAAAAGCACAACAAGGUGGCUCCACUUUGUCCACAGCUUGACACAGAUUCAGCUGAUUAUCAGCCGGAUCCAAACAUCAUUGAGUCGACAGCUCUGCAGGAUCUCACUGAUCUUCAGCCGGAUCCAAACAUCAUUGAGUCGACGGCUCUGCAGGAUCUCGCUGAUCUUCAGCCGGAUCCAAACAUCAUUGAGUCGACAGCUCUGCAGGAUCUCGCUGAUCUUCAGCCGGAUCCAAACAUCAUUGAGUCGACGGCUCUACAGGAUCUCACUGAUCUUCAGCUGGAUCCAAACAUCAUUGAGUCGACGGCUCUACAGGAUCUCACUGAUCUUCAGCUGGAUCCAAACAUCAUUGAGUCGACGGCUCUUCAGGAUCUCAAUGAUCUUCAGCUGGACCCAAACAUCAUUGAGUCGACGGCUCUUCAGGAUCUCAAUGAUCUUCAGCCGGAUCCAAACAUCAUUGAGUCGACAGCUCUGCAGGAUCUCGCUGAUCUUCAGCCGGAUCCAAACAUCAUUGAGUCGACGGCUCUACAGGAUCUCACUGAUCUUCAGCUGGAUCCAAACAUCAUUGAGUCGACGGCUCUACAGGAUCUCACUGAUCUUCAGCUGGAUCCAAACAUCAUUGAGUCGACGGCUCUUCAGGAUCUCAAUGAUCUUCAGCUGGAUCCAAACAUCCCUGAAUCGACGGCUCUACAGGAACCAGUUGAUCCUCCAGAAGAUCCUCAGUCUGGUUCAUCUGAGCCUGAUCAAGAUCCAGAUGUUUCAGAGAGGACAGCUGUCGUAGGAGCACCUGGUCUUGUGGCAGUGGGUCUGCAGGAUCCAGCUGAUCCUCUUCCAGGCCCGUCUGCUCUUGAUCCAGUAACCCCCAAAUUUCCAGGUGCAUCCAAGCAUAGACGAAUCACAGAUCAAACCCAUUUCAGAGCAGCCUGUUUCACCGAUCCAACUCCUGUUCCUUUUGAUGAGAUUUAUGAAGUGGGAGAAGAGAUUGGAGAAGGAGGCUUCGGCACUGUGUAUGAGGGCAUUUCCAAAUUUCUACGUGAGCAGGUUGCCAUCAAAUUCAUCCCCAAGUGUGAAACAGACCGGUAUAUUGAAAUACCUGGCUGUUCAAAGCCGCUGUUUGCAGAAGUGGCUCUAAACUUGCUGCUGAAACGGCCUCCGUUAAGCCCCUACAUUGUGCACAUGCUGGAAUGGUUUGAAGAGGACGAUCAGUUCAUCCUGAUCCUGGAAUAUCCACAACCCUGCAAGGACUUGCUCAAAUUCAUGGUUAACAAUAUGCAGCGAGUGAACGAAUCACAGACUCGUAGGCUGAUGUACCAAGCGGUGCUCGGGGCCAAGCACUGUCUUGACCGAGGCGUCUUCCACCGUGACAUUAAGUUGAAUAACUUUCUGAUCAACACAAACACUAACCAAGUCAAACUGAUAGACUUCGGCUGCGGUGACCUCGUGAAAACAUCAGGGUACUUGGGUGAUUUUACAGGAGUCUGCCCACCUGAAUACUACAAGGACUUAAAAUACGAAGCAGGGCCAACAACCGUCUGGUCUCUGGGCAAAAUGAUGUACACAAUGGUGUGCAGAUGUCAGCCCUUUAAUAGUCUAGAAGACAUGAUGCAUGGCCGUUUGAGUUUUAACAUCAGCAUUUCCACAGAAUUGCAGGAUUUGAUAAGCCGCUGCCUGGCUUAUCACCCAACCGAGAGAGCAACUAUUGAGGAGAUCCUACAGCAUGAAUGGUUUCAGCAGGGACAGAUGUUAGGAGUAGCACAGGAUCAGAUAGUAACAGCAGAUGCCCCAAAAUGGCCCCGGUGAGGAAAAACUGCCCAAACCAUUCAGUAAAGUCUUCAGAGCAGCAAGCUUGGUGGGCAAAAUUAGAAACUAAAGGCCCGAUAUACUUCAAACCAAGUUUGUUUUCUUUUUUAGUUUUGGAGCAAAAUGAAGUUCAAAAAGGCUAUCCCCUAAACACAACAACGAUGAAGUGUAGGUAAUCUUGGUGUGAGACAGGCACCGAUGGUCAGAAUAUUACAGUCAAAAGAAUAAUGAUCAGCAGCAGUUCAUAGUCAAGUAUCAUGUUUGCAAUAAAAAAGAACCAUAAUCAGUCCUUUAUGGGAAGUGUGAAUGUUUCAUAGUCUGUAAA